AUGUCUCGGCAACUUAACAUGGACACGGUGCGGCAGAACUUCUGGAAGGAGCAGUAUCUGAGGGAGAAGGUGUUGCGCUGUGAAUGGCACCGCAAGUAUGGGUCGAUGGUGAAGGCCAAGCAGAAGGCUAAGACUGCAGCCCACGUACCCCUCAAGCUGCCCACCCUGCCCCCCAAAGCCCCACUCUCACCCCUGCCCGCCCCCAAAGCCGUUCCUUCCGAGGCCCCCAGCCCUGCCCUGGAGGCUCCUAUUCAGCCAGAAAUGUACCCAGUCCUGCCUGCCACCCGGGCCCUGCUGUAUGAAGGCAUCUCCCACGACUUUCAGGGCCGCUACCGCUACCUCAACACCCGAAAACUGGACAUGCCAGAGAGGCGCUACCUCUUCCCCAUCACCACCAACUUCACAUAUGGCUGGCAGCUGGGCCCCCCAGUGAAGCAAGAACUGGUCUCCUGCAAGAUGUGCCGCAUUGAAUCUUUCUUCCGCAAGAAUGGGGCCUUCGCACUGCUUGACCCCCGGGACCUGGCCCUCUGACCUUGGGCCAGGCAGUGGGCUUAGGGGAGGGAAGAAGAAAUAACACACGUGGUGGGCCGAAAGUGCCAUGCGUGUCUGUGUCUGGCUCUCCCAGGCCCUGAGGCUGCGUUCCGGGCCUUUCUGAAACUACCUCUGACCUACAGGUUGCCCUCUUGCUUUUUCCUUAAAUCCCCGUCUCUUUAAUCGUCCCUUUGAGGAUUCAGCAGUGACCAGAGAGGGCUGGGAAGAGUGAGCGAUGCUCUCCAGGCGCAGGCUCCUCAGAGCCAGGGGGCCACAGAAGUUGCUGGAAGUUCUGGGUGUUCCUGUGUAAAGAGUGGCCUUUCAUCCCAGAUGCCAGGGAAAAGGGACCGCCACCACCCCACAAGCCUCCCCGCCCGAACCCCUCACCUGGCCCCGAGGGCUCGCAGCCGCCCGGUCCUCUCCCGUUGCAUUUGCUUCAGCUGCUCCCGCAGGGCGCUCCGCUGCCCGGCCGCGUCCUCCUGGGGCGGCGCCGAGCGCUGAGCGCCCGCGCCUCCCAGCCCCGGGGCUCGAUGCGGCCAGCAGAGGGCAGCACCCGGGCAGGCCGGCCCCUCCCGCUCCGCAGGUGUCAUCGCAAGUGCGCGGUGCGCGCAAGUCAAAGGGACCCAGGUCGCGCCCCGUCCCCCGCCCAGGCAGGGUUUUGGCGGCCCCACCGCCUUCUCCUAGGGGUCUUGCCUGUCGUGGGAGCUGAGCCGGGCUCGGUGGGGGUCUCAAGGGGUGCACGCGGCAGUGGCGGUUCCUGGCGAUGCGGAGGCGUUCCAAGACCUGGAGGAGGCUUCUGUCAGCAGCCGAUCGGCCGCCCCCUGGUGCCCCGCCCUCCCGGCCCGGCCGCGCACCCGGAGCCGCUGCUGCUCGCGGUCCUGUUGCCGCCGACGCCUGGCCUCACUGUGCAGCUCCAGCAACCGCUGCAGAGCCGUCUCCUGCUGCGCCGCGCUCACGCCCGCAGACCGCCUGUCCCUGCUCGGGGACUCGGGCCACGCGGUCUUCGAGGCUCUGGGGGCCUCGGCACCUUCCCUCCGCCCCCCGAGGGCGCCCGGGAGCCCCAUGGAGCCGCCCAGCUCCUGCUCCGCGGGGCCAGGGCUUCCUCCCGGGCCCCGAAGCGAGUGCGGAUCGUUCAGCAGGCCCGGAUGCCCUGGGAGAGCUGCGGAGCGCUCCCGCUGCUCGGAACCACCAGUGCCUAGGGCCGCCAGCAACACCGCUCCUGGGCGUGGGAGCGGCGGCCGGGCCGGAGGCCCCGGGGGCGUAAGGGCAGCCGGCGCCCCUUCCCGGGCGGGCCCCUGCUCUCUCACGGCCGCUGCGCUCUCUCCUCUCGGGCCACCGGUCUUAACCUGCCUCAGCUGCGUGGUUCUUCCCCGCGGGUCCGGGCCCUCCCUUCCCCCAGGCUGCGGCAUCCGUUCUCCCAGGGGCCUGCAGAAGCCCCCCGGAAUCCCCAGGGAGCCGCCUUCCUCCCGGGGCGGUGUAGGUGCCUCUCCCCGAGCCACCUCCCAGGCUUGUGAGAUACGGCCUCUGCCCUCGGAAGACUGAAGCGUCUUCACUUCCGGGCCCUGAGGAGAAUCCUCGCUCUGCUCCGGGAGGACCUCCUUUCUCCGGCACUUAAGGCGACUUCCGCUUUGACUUCGAGGUGCCUCUUCGUUCUCACCCUGGGAGGCCUCCCACCUUUGACCUUCCGAGACCUCUUCCCUCAGAGCCUGAGCGGCCUCCCCACCCUGACCCUCGUUUGUCUUCUCUCUCUUACUUGGGGGAACUUCUUUGUCCUCCCCCCGGAGGGCCUUGCCUCUCUGAUCCUGAGGGGCCCCCUCUCUCUGACUCUGAGGAAUCUCAAUUCUUAGCAGUUUCUUUAGUUCUGCUCUCUCCUGGCCCAGGCUGCAGCCCAGCCCCUCCAGGGGAUCCGGGGGUUCUGGCAGGCCCUGGGAGGGGAGGCCUGAGGGCCCUGGGGCUCCCUGAGCCAGCUUCUUCUCCUGUAGGCUUCUGGAUGGUGGUUGAUGGGGCCCCUGGGGCAUGGGCCCUACUAGCUCCCCGUCUUCCCUCUGGGCCAGCUCCUAGGAAGGAAGAGCACCUUUCCCGGGUUUGUGAGGGAAUCCUCGUGCCAGGGCCACUUCCCCCAGGGGAGCCUGGAGACCCCAGUGGCUACCCCAGUGGGCCUCACUUCCAUUAGGGCCCUUGCCCGAUUCCUAAAUUCGUAAAACCCAUGUUAUGUAGUGUAAAAGGGGCUUCAGUGAUGGCCCCUUCUUCCACCUGGCUGUGGGCUUCUCACCCCUGCAGUCUCCUCCCAGGCACACCCCACCUCUGCUAUCCCCAAUCUGAGAGGGGUCUUGCCCAGGACGCUUCGACCCUUUCACCUUGAACUCUGAGCUUCCUGGUUCUCCAGAGCUACUGCUGGUGGUGAGGUUCAGCUCUUGUGAGCAACCUGAGGGAGAGAGACAGAUGUUGAGAGCCCUCUGCUCCUGUCCCAGGCCCUCACACACAUCCCACAGCACUGGAACCAAGAAGCCUAGGGAGUCCCCAGCACGUGAGGGGAUGUGGUGGUGGGGUACCCUGAGGGUUGGUGUUGGAACUUCAAGGCCGUCGCAGUUCAUCAUUCCACCUUUAUUUACACAGCCUGCUAUGUGCCUGCUUCUCAGGCUUGCCUGCCAGCAGCAGGCCCCAUCUUCCUCAUCCUCCCAGCCAAGGACCACCUCCGAGGAACCUGCACACCCUCUUCCUCAAAACCGCCAGGGGAGGCCCAGGAGCAGGAAGGGACUGGUUUCCAGGCUCCUCAGUCCCUCAUAAGGACACCCGCGCUUUGUCCUUGUGUGCCUGUCCAGCCCCACAAUAUGCACCUGACUUUCCUAUUAUUAAGGCUAAUCCUCUUUAGCUCUUUCUUGGUUUCCGACAGCAAAACCAAAUGAAAUUCAAGAAGUGGAAUUUUAGGCCAGAGGCUAGCCUAAAAACUGCAAGUCUUCAUAAUUAACGAAAGGAAUCUAAAAAAAGAGAUGAAAUGUCGCUGCUCCUUUGCAGCUGUGGAGGAAGGAGCAUCGUUUUGCAUCCAUAAAACUACUUAGAAGAACCUGAUCUCGUAAGGUCUUAAAUUGAGAACUCUCACAAGAAAUGCCAUCUUUAUGCAAUAUGGACACGUGAACAUUCAUAACAGUAACCAAAUGGGAAUGUUCUCUGUGAAAACAAAUCUGUCUUUUGAAGGGUUCUGAACAAAGAGGUCUGAUAAGACUCCCAAGCCUUCAGAAAUUAUUGCCAUGAACUGUGAAAAUAACCUCCAACCCUGUCCCUCUGUAAUUCUGAUCUGUUGUCUUACUAGGUCAUUUAUUUCACUGGUUAUAAUGUUGUGAUAGAUGUCUCCCAUCAAUGUAUUCCCAAGAGAUAAUAUACUUGUAAAAAUUUUUCUGUCAAUCAGAAAAUAGUCAUCGGCACUUUCCUCUUCUCUCCCAUGCGUGAUGUCACAAUUAAAAGCUUAUGAC